GCAAAGUUCAUUAACACAAGCAAGCAUUUCAGCAAGCCACCUUUCCACCUUUGUUAUUGAAGGAAGACACUCCUAAGGGAAAAAAAGCUCAGCCAUGGAGGAGAAGAGUAACAAGCAAGACUCCAUCGCAAUGCGCGUGAAGGCAUGCCGGACAAACAACGGGUUUGUCCAAAAUGAAGACAACCUGGAUAUGGACCCUGGUCCGGGCAGCCCAGGGGACAGCCCGCAGCCCAGGGCGGUGGGCAUCCUUGACCCCGGAGAGUCCGACUGGAAGGUCGUUCGGCCCUACGCGGGGAUGCCCAAGGAGGUGCUGUUCCAGUUCUCGCGCCAGCCUCGCUACCGGGUGCCCCGCGAGGUCCUCUUCUGGCUCACUGUGGCUUCUGUGCUCACGCUCGUCGCGGCCACCAUAGCCAUCAUCGCCAUCUCGCCCAAGUGCCUGGACUGGUGGCAGGCGGGGCCCAUGUACCAGAUCUACCCGCGAUCUUUUAAAGACAGCAACGGCGAUGGGAACGGAGAUCUAAAAGGUAUUCAGGAUAAGCUGGACUACAUCACAACUUUAAAUAUAAAAACUCUUUGGAUCACUUCAUUUUAUAAAUCACCCCUUAAAGAUUUCCGACAUGGCGUUGAAGAUUUCCGAGAAAUCGAUCCCAUUUUUGGAACUAUGAAAGAUUUUGAGAAUCUAGUUGCAGCCAUACACGAUAAAGGUUUGAAAUUAAUCAUUGAUUUCAUACCAAACCACACAAGUGACAAACAUGCCUGGUUUCAGUUGAGUCGGAAGCAGGAAGGGAAAUAUGCCGAUUAUUAUAUCUGGCACAACUGUACCCUGGCAAAUGGCAUAGUCAUACCACCCAACAACUGGUUAAGUGUAUACGGAGACUCCAGUUGGCACUUUGAUGAAGUACGAAAACAAUGCUAUUUUCACCAAUUUAAGAAAGAACAACCUGAUUUAAAUUUCCGCAAUCCUGAUGUUCAAGAAGAAAUGAAAGAACUUAUACAGUUCUGGCUUGCAAAGGGCGUGGAUGGUUUUAGUUUCGAUGCUGUUAAAUUUCUUCUAGAAGCACAACAUCUGAGAGACGAGAUCCAAGUGAAUAAGAACCAACCCCCGGACACAGUCACACAGUAUUCAGAGCUGUACCACGACUUCACCACUACACAAGUGGGGAUGCAUGACGUAGUCCGCAGCUUCCGGCAGACCUUGGACAAAUAUAGCACAGAGCCUGGAAGAUACAGGUUCAUGGGGACUGAAGCCUAUGGAGAGAGCAUUGACAAGACCAUGAUGUACUAUGGGUUGCCUUUUAUCCAAGAAGCAGAUUUUCCCAUCAACAGUUACCUCAGCAUGGUCGACUCUCCUGGAAACAAUGUGUCUAAAGUUAUCACAUCCUGGAUGGAAAAUAUGCCAGAAGGAAAAUGGCCUAAUUGGAUGAUUGGCGGACCAGACAGUACCCGGCUGACUUCUCGUUUGGGGAAAGACUAUGUCAACAUCAUGAACAUGCUUCUCUUCACACUCCCUGGAACUCCCAUAACUUACUAUGGGGAAGAAAUAGGAAUGGGAAAUAUCGAACCCAUAAAGCUCAACGAAAGCUAUGAUGGUAAUACACUUUUUUCAAAGUCACCGAUGCAGUGGGACAACAGUUCAAAUGCUGGCUUUUCUGAAGGCAAUCACACCUGGUUACCCACUUCAGAUUACCACACUGUGAAUGUUGAUGUACAAAAGAGUCAGUCCACAUCAGCACUGAAUUUAUAUCAAGAAUUGAGUUUGCUUCGUGCUAAUGAGCUACUCCUUAACAGGGGCUGGUUUUGCUACUUGAGGAAUGACUAUGACUCUGUCAUGUACACGAGAGAGUUCGAUGGCAUAGACACAGUCUUUCUUGUGGUUCUGAAUUUUGGAGAAUAUUCACUGUUAAAUCUAAAGGAAAUUAUUUCAAAUAUUCCCACGCAAGUGAAGAUAAGAUUAAGUACCAAUCCUGACCACAAAGGCACUGUAGUUGAGACGCCUGCCGUCAAACUGAACAAGGGAGAGGGACUCAUUCUUGAAUACAAGACGAAGAACCCCCUUCAUGGCCAAACGGCUUUCAGAGACAGAUGUUUUGUUUCCAAUUGGGCAUGCUAUUCCAGUGUGUUCAACAUACUGUACAGCUCGUGUUAGGCACCUCUACAAAAAAGAUGAAGACACUGGAGUCCUCUCCUAUUACAGGCAUUUGCAGUAACUUCAUGUGUAACAUGCUGCUGGGUAAACUUUAUGAAUAGUCAUUCUUAGAUGUUUCUGUAGCUUGAAUGUAACUGCUUUAGGUAAGGUUCGGAAAUGUUUUUACAAAGAAUAUUAAAAUCUUCAACAGAAAAUUAUUACCUGGAAGAACUUGUAACUUUUUUGAGAUAGCAUCAAUAAGAGAUGAGCAGAAUGCCUUAGGACCCAGGUUAGUUGGAUGGAUUUUAACGUGAAGAAUGUUCUUUUUUCCAUAAAAUGCAUAAAAUGGAAGAUCACUUAUUUUGACACUUCAGUAAAAGUGUCAAAAAUGUUUACUAGCCAAGAAGCAGGACUUUGAUUUGUAAACUGUUCAAAAGAAAUCUAAGUAAAACAGACAAAAACAAUGGGGUAGGGGGCGAGUCAGCUGUCACCAAUCCUUUUCCACAUCCUCCUCACCCCCUACUCCACAUCCUCCCAAGGAGCAUGAUUUGAAAUGUUCAGGGACAUAUGCAUCAAAGCAGAGAACAGUAUAAGCAGGUGAGACCCACUCCACACAAACUCUAGAUGGAUGAAUAGAGAAGCAGAUUUAAAAAAAUUAUUUACCGACCUCAAAAAAAAUCUCACUUUUGCUAACUCAACUGGACAAAAAACUGAAAUAUUUCGGUGUAUUUCUAAUUCCUCUUGAAUGCAGCAUUUCAGAAUUUUAAAUAUUUCUUAAGAUUCUCGAAAACACUGGUGCUGUCAAGUCCAAGUUCCUCAUACAGGAAUUUAAUUUGGGCUGUAAUCUAAAAGAAACAUGUUAAAAAAAAAUUUUAGACAGAAGGCCUUUGUGGUAAAAGCCCAAUGUUUCUGUCUCUCUUUGCCUAUCAAUCUUAACUGUGAAGUCAGCCAUUGUGGCAAGGGAACUUUUAUUUGGGACAGGCAGAAGGUUCCCAAAAAUUUUCAAUUACUUUCUGUAACAAAGCUCAAUUUUCAAGUACAGAGAGCCUUUUCUCUCAACUGACUCAGUGUUCCUCCCACCCCCGUUGGGUCUCAGCCUCAGACCUGCCGCUGGGAAAUAGCUGUCAUAAAUCCUGUGCUGGGAAGUAGCUGUCAUAAAUCCUAUCGCAACCACUGAAACAUGGAGCGUGGAGCACUACACUUCUCUGCCUGGGGAUCUGUUGCCUGAGAGAGGCUUGAUACGUACCUUUUUGUGAGAAUCCUCAAUUACAUGAUUGCCUCCAGGCUGAACAUCUAAAACAAUAUUGGGGGCCUGAUAGCCUGAAAGAGUUAACAUAUGAAACCAUCAGAAGGCUUUUGGCUAAUUGAGACCCACUUCUCCCCUCUCCUUCCACUUUGUUAAAAUAUAGGCAAAAACCACCGCCACCAUCAAAGAGAGUGCCUGGGGCAAGCAGUAGAAGAUAAAUUUCUGAGAUAGGGAAAGCAGGAGGAGGGCCAGAAAUAAGGAAGUUGCAUGGAAGUCUGUAGGGCCAAGCGAAAAAGGUGGUGACAUACCAGGGAGCCAUUUGGGCCUGUGGAACCCGGUAGUCUUGUGACCUGGAAACACUAACUACAGCGCUGGGUGAGAAUGAGACAAGGAACUGAUUACAAAGCUUGGAUGUGGGUCCCUCCCACCCAUGAGCCCAGAAGGCCUUGGCAUGUCAGGGCGAGGAAAAAAGAGAGACCAUGGCCUUAUAAGGGCCUACCAUGGUGAGCCACUAAAAUGAAACGCAAAAGGAGUAUGAGGAGAGGUGGUGCUUAAAGGCAUUUGGGUUUUCUAAGCAGAAACAAUCUAAAGUACUACUAAAUCCAGGCAGAAAAUCCUGGAAAAAGUUUUAUUUCCAUGACAAUAUUUCAAACUAAGGGAAAAGAAAUCUUUGCUUUGUAAUUUUUAUUUCCUUCAGGGCUAAGGAAUCUGCCAAACAGGAAUGUCUGUUAGAUCAAAAGGUUCUGAAGCAAAAACACUUGGAUGAUCGUCUGCGA